UAAAAAACAGAUCUGUAAACUAAUUUUUAAUUAUCCUCGAUGAAACCCCAGCUCUCUGGUUUUUCUGGUCGGCCGAGAUCCGCUGCCGCUCUUUCCUCUCUCUUUUUCUUUGUAAAAUCGACUCACUCUAUUUCCCUACCUUCGCAGCGGUAGGAGGUAGCUGGGUUUCAUGCGUCCCUGUGGUGGGCAAAAUCAAAAGGAGCUACAAUGGGAGGGUGAACUUGGGCUGCUAUUGCUUUUCGGUUUUCUUCAAUCCCGCAACGACCACCACCGCCGCAUCCGCCACUUCCUCAUUCAUCAGACACCGGCCUCCCUGUUCAAUUCGACUUCGACAAGCAGAAAAGGCAGAUUUGAUUACAAUCGGGAGGAAGAGAUAUGGUCGGCGGUGACUACCCUUAUAGUUCUGCAAUUCAAACGCGAAGGGUUUUCCAUGGAGAAGAUCUGGUUAUCCGAUCUUGCGAGGCUCGAAGUUUGAUUGGAAGUGAGAUGGAACAAGUGGUGGUGGGGAAGCUAAAAAAAGAGAGAGUAACGACGGAUUCGGGGUUUGCAAUGGUUUGUGAUUUGGGGUAUGUAAUCGGCGCUGGCUAUUCUAUAUGGGGCAGAGAGUAUGACGACGACGGAGGAAGCAUGAUCAGCGGUGGGAGAAGGCGGCGGUGGGGAGUGUAGCGGCGACGACGAUCUCCUCUCAUCUCAAUAGCUAGCCUCUCAAUGAUGAGGUCCUCUCAUCUCGACUUUGCCAUCUUCCCUCAAACCCUAGCUAGCCUCCAAUCUCCAAAUCUACCCAAUCUCCAAAUCGGCAGUGGAGAAGCUGAAGAGCAGAGGGAGUAGGAUGCGGUGGUGGAGAGUUUUCCUUUACUUGUUUUUUAUUUUAAUUUUUAGAAACAAUAGUAGUUAAUUGAGUUUACAUUUUUUUAAUUUAUAUAACAAUAUAUUAUUUUUUAUUUAAUUUUUAAUUAAAAUAUGAGGUGUCAUUGACGUGGCAUCUACGUGGCUGCCACGUCAACAAAAGUCAAUGUUAAUGUUGACUUCCAUUUGGUCAACCGUUAUCUAUAACGGUCAACAAAAUCGUCAGGACAUAAAUGACACACAACUAUCAUACGUUGUGACAUAAAUGUCAUAUCGAAUACUUUACGACACAAAUGACACAUAGUUAAUAGUUCGGGGUUCCCAGUGGUAUUAGCCCAUUAUAAAAUGUUAUAAGGUUAGGUUAGUGGUUCAAUAGAAGAAAGAAGAGCAAUUUCAAGACAUGUUAACACAAUGAAUUAACUGAGGCAGACCAUAAAAAGGUUAUUGUCAAAUCAGAACCAAACGAAUAUAAUGUAUUAAUUAUCCAAAUGCUAUUCUCAUGCUUUGUUAGUAAUCACGACAAAUACAAUAUGAAUGUUCAAUAUAAUUUAUCAAUCUGCCCACCGAACUAGAUUGAUGGAUUUCUCCAGUUUAUUGCGUUGGACUCGAAUAUAAUAAAAAUUUAUGCCUGGUCCUUGUGUACUUGGAUGUCAUCCACUGAACUAAAUAUUAAACUAGACCAAGAAAGAAGGGGUAAAUGCCAAGUUUGGUCACUGGGUUUACUCAAACGUGUCAUGUUUAGUCACUAGAAAAAAUUAAUAUCAAUUUUGGUCACUAAGAUCAGUUUAAUGUUCCAAAUUUGGUCAUUCUAAGUUAGUCUCCGUCCAACUCCGUUAAUGGAGUCCGUUAAGUGCUGACGUGACAAAUAGAAUUAUCUAGUCAACCAGAUUUGACCUAAAAAAAAAAAUACUAAACUCGACUCGCCACAUCAUCACGACCCACUAGGUCAUCUUACCCAACCAAGCCAAUGAACCCAAACCAUGAAUCGGUCCUGCCUUAACGAGUUGCCCCACAUCUCCAAAUCUACUCCCUCUCUCAUCUAACCCUGCAGAUCUCUCUAAGCAACCUCCUGACUUAGAUCUCUGCAACACCUCUCUUCCCUCAUAAUUCUCGCCGGCGACCCCACCAACCAUGCCUCUCCUCCUCCUCCUCCUCCCUUCGCCACCGCCUUCUUCCUCCUCCUUCGCAAGUUACUCAAGCCCAUUGCAGGAGACUCCAAAUCUGGCCACCACUAAAUGCUGUGCUAAUCUUCUCCGUUCCCUUUGCUAAAUGUUGUGCGGAAGAAAUCAUCUAUCCAAAAUGAUCUUCAAUUGCAGGAGAAUUCAAAUCUGGCCAACGUUGGUUUCUCAACUAUCACGGACUUUAGGAGGAGAGAUGAGAAAACUUUUAGCGGUUUUUUGGGCUUCACAUAACUGGUGGGGUUCGAAUCUCGUACAGGCUCGAAGGCGGCAGAGAGCGGUCAACGACCGAUUUGUAGACCAGAGUGGGUGCAAGCGGGGGCAAAUUUGUUGGGUUGUGCUUUGCUGGGUUUCGUUGAUUUUUUGGCAUCAGUCUGAUGGGUUUUUGUUUUGUUUGUGUUUGUUGGCGUGGAUCUCUGUUGGUGAGCAUGAAGAUGGAGGAAGAGAGGGAGAAGCAGAAGGCAAAGGAGGUAGAGGAGAAGGUUGAGAGAGGCGGAGAAGGGUCAAGAUGAUCUGGUCGGGUCGGGUUAGGGUUUGUAUUGAUUUGGGUAGGCUGAGGUGGUGGGUUAUAAUGAUGUGGUGGUUCAAAGUUUAGUAUUUUUUGGUUAAAUCCGGUUGACUAGGUAAUUCCGUUUGCCACAUCAACACUUAACGGAGUUGGACGGAGACUAACGGAGACUGACCAAACUUGGACCGUUAAACUAAUCUUAGUGACCAAAAUUGAUAUUAAUUUUUUUCAGUGACUAGACAUGACACAUUUUAAUAAACUAGUGACCAAACUUGACAUUUAGCCAGAAAGAAGUCUCAUCUGACGGGAGGUAAGAGUUAAAACUUAAAACUUAAAACUGAAGCGAAGGAAGACUGGUUGGGUUGAAACUGUUUGAAGUUUGAACCAACCGGGCAUGCCUAAUAUAAUAUUUUUCUAUUCCCUGCUCUAACUGACUUAUCGUUGACCGAGUUUUUCAAAAAAAGAAGGAUUGGACCAGCAGCCAUCCCAAUCAGACGGUCCGAACUCCAUCAGACUGAACAUUUCUCUCGGCUAGAUUAAAACGGAGAGGAGAGAGGCGAAGAAAGUUGAUCUUUAUUUAAAAUGAAAAAUAAAAAGGAAGCCAAGCCCCCAUAUUCAUACGCUGAGCUCAGAGAGAGAGUGGGAGAUCAGGUCAGGGAUUGGAAUUCACUUCAGGAAUUGGAUUGGAUUGACUACAGAGAAGAGAAGAGAAGAGGGGCGGGCGCCAAAAACCCCUCUCACAAAAAAAUCAAAAUACGCACAACAACAAUCCAUCUUUUUUCCCCUCUCUCUUUUGGGUGUUGUUUAUUUUUUUUGUUUGUUCACUUUGAAAAAACUAAGGCACCAUCAACAGCAAUCAAAUCCCACACGAACUCUCUCCUCGCUCGAUUCCUCAUCGGUUUGGUGGGGGAGCUGCUAUAGCUUCCUGAUAGGGGGGAAGAAUUCGGAGGGAGGAAGCGGGGUUUUUUUUCCUUCUUAGCAAAUGGAGCUCCAGAAUUCCGUCAAAGAAGCCCUAAAUGCACUGUAUCAUCACCCUGACGAUGCCGUUCGCAUGGAAGCCGAUCGCUGGCUCCAGAGCUUUCAGCGCACCAUCGAUGCCUGGCAGGUUCACCUACUGUCUCUCCUCUACGUUCUUUUUCUGAAUUGGUAAAGUAGCGGAGCUGCUUUGUUCUGUAUUCGGAAAGCUGUAGCCUUGAAAGUCCAUAAUAAUCUCUAUUUCCAUCCGAGCUAGCUGUUGAUUUUGGUGCUGAUAGGUUAAUGGCCAAUUAGCUAGCUGCUGGAUAGAAGAAAUGGUAGUAGAGGAGGUGGCUAUUGCUGGUAGGAAUUGAGAGAAAAAGUUGGAUGGACCGGAAUUGUUGGAACUAGGUAUUUACGUAGGUAGUUUUGUUUCUGCUCAGAAUUCGAUAUCAUUAGUGUUCUUGGACUAAACCGAUGUAGUCGAGUUAAUAAUCGAUUGCUUUUGACUGAGGGCAGAAUUUAGAGUGUCAUUCAUUUAUUAGGCAGUCUAGUUUACUUUCACUUAAAUUCUGAAAUUGAAAAUGCUUGCCAUUGGCAGAGGGCACGCAAAUAUGGCGUGAAUCACUGUGUUUUUUAUUAUUAUUAGAGUGUAAACUUUUGAAUUCUGCUGUUAGCUUUCUUGGUAGCUGCUUUCCUUUUUACUAACCCUCUGACGUUUUGCAGUUCUCUUUAUUACCGGGUUUCUCUGAAACAUUGCCUAAUGUGCUGUAUCAGUGGCAUUCUAACUUGAACUGCUUCUAUCAGGUUGCUGACAAUCUGCUUCACGAUGCCACGAGCAAUUUGGAAACACUAAUAUUUUGUUCUCAAACCCUAAGGAGCAAGGUAACUGGGAUUAUCAAUUAGCUGUUAGCCCUGCAGUCAUCUUUAUCAACUUAGUGCGUGUUGACUGCUUUCUCCUUUCCUUCAAGAAUGGAGGAUGAAACUGGCUGCUCUACACUUGUGUUCAGGUACAACGAGAUUACGAAGAGCUACCUUCUGAAGCCUUUCGACCAUUGCAAACUUCAUUAAAUGUGAGUGACAUUAUUUUUAUUUUUCGAGUAAUCAGUGACAUUUUAUUCAAUUUCUUCAUGCCAGUCUCACUUUCUUAUUUAUCGUUUACCCUAAACAGUAGAUGAAUGAAUAAUGAGAUGAGAUAUUGGAUUUCUACCAGAGAAGUGUGGGUUUCAUCUCAAUGGUUAGAUUUCAUUCAAACUAGAGUACAUUCUUCUUAACUAUCGAAACUGUACUCGUGGAAAGCAAUCAGCCGUGAGUUUCAAAAGUACCGCAUAUAUGUUAAUUUUCUUAUGCUACAUGGUUUAUGUACAUUUAUCUAUACUUUUCUGAGCACAAUGGAAGCCAAUGAUUGUUUACUGCUCAUUGCACAACAUCUUAAAUAAUGUCUGAUGCUAGGCAUGGAUCCUGCUAUCAUUGCUUCAGAUGAAAGGCACCAUUGGCUUAUUAUAUAUGCUUGGCAGCUUAUUUAGGAGGAAAAUAUUUAUCUAUUCUAUAGUUUUAUUUUCUUGCGUUGUCGGCAUAUCCUUGAUAACCAUAUUCCCUGCUGUUGAAGGGUGAUUAUGAUUUUGGUGAACUGUCAUUCAUCAAGAACUUGGCUUGAACUGUUUCCACCAAUGUUUUUUUUUUUUUUUUUUUUGCGUAUCCUUUUAUGUAUGACAUCUAUUUGAUGCUUAUCGAUAUGCAAGACAACCGAUAUAGGAGGUUGACAUAUAUUAUGGAUGCCCUAUUUUCACCAUGUCAUUUCAUGCCACUUUUAUAGUUAAUGAAUUAGGAUAUUGUACUUGUUAGCUUAAUGCCCUGUGCAUCAAAGAGACAAAUAUCUAAGCAUUUUUCAUAUUUCCGAUGUAUUUUAAUUGCAGACAUUGCUGAAAAAAUUUCAUAGAGGUCCGCCAAAAGUCAGGACUCAGGUAGAGUUAAAGCAUUCACUUCUGGGUUAUUAGUUCUUCAAAAUAAGGUAAAGUAACUAUAGGCUGUCUGCUUAUAGAUCAGUAUUGCUGUUGCUGCCUUGGCUGUACAAGUUCCCGCCGAGGAUUGGGGAGAUGGUGGUAUUGUGAAUUGGCUCAGGGAUGAGAUGAAUUCUCAUCCAGAGUAUAUACCAGGAUUCCUGGAGUUGCUAACAGUUUUACCUGAGGUAAACAAGUACAUGUGAAUUUUAAUUGUCUUCAUUUUCUGAUCAUUAGUCACAUUUCGGGAAUGCUACAGUUGCUCAGAUUCUAAGUUAUGUUAAUUGGAAUUGGGUAGUGAGUGGUUUAAGCUCUUUAUGGACGGUUUAAUUUGAAAAAGACACAUUUUUUGUUGGCAUCUAUAGAUAUAUAUCCCGCUCUAGGGUGAGUAUAGAAGAGGAGAUACAAGCCUGUCACUCUACAAGUAUCUCUUGGAUCAAAACUGUAUUUUUGUUAAGAGAAGAGGGGAGGGGGCGGGGAUGAGUGAAGAAGAAACAUUUUUGUGUACUCCUUAAAUUCUGCUUGCACAAGUUGAAAAUGCAAUCAGUAUCAAUUAAGCUGUCAAUGUCAUCAUGGAGAUCCAUUUUGUUUUUUUCUGUUCAAUGUAAUAACAAAAUAUUUUGAUUAUACAUGUGUUUUAUGUCUUAUUUUUUUGCUCUCAGCUUUCUUCCUUGACUGAUGGGUUGUACAAAUUUAAUAUCUUAGUUUGGUGAUGGCAAAUUUAAUGUGAAGGGAAUCAAACUUUAAGUUCAAGCAAUUAUAGUAAGUUUGAUGGGGCACUUUAGCUCAAAGUAGCAGGAAGAGGAAAGGUGUGUGGAACAAAACUUAUAUGUUUAGUGGCUUGUGAUUGAAGAUUGUUGCUUAAUAACUUCUGGUGUGGGUUACAUGAUGGAAGUUUUAUAUAUCUUGUUAAUGAAACACUGACAAAUCAUGUCAUGAUUAGCAUUCUCCGUUGAGUAUGGUUUGCUCCAAGGGGGCCUAUGAUAGUCUGGAUGUUUUUCAUCUCUGUUUAUACUAGGUCAAGCUCUUGGGAUUCAUGACUGGUAGAUCUGCGUCACAGAGUAUGUUCUUAAGUGUUUUUCUCUGCACAUCUCAGGAAACCUUCAAUCACAAAAUUGCAGCUCGUCCAGAAAGACGACGUCAGUUUGAAAAAGAGCUCACAUCUCAGAUGGAAGUGGCUCUUAGCAUCUUGACUGCUUGUUUGAAAAUAAAUGAACUCAAGGAGCAGGUAAGAACUCUCCUGAUUCUUUUGCUUCUCUAAAGUAUCACUUACAUAGCUUACUACUCUUGAGAAAGUUUUGCUCUCUGAGGUGCCCUCUUGGUAAAUUAAAACAAUUUCACUCUCACUGUAUCUCUGGGAGAGGCUGUUUGAAUAAUAUGCAAUAUUUCCAGGCUGUAACAACCUUCAAUUUUAAUUGCUUUCUUUCAAUUUGUGGUGGGAUACUGGUGCAAUGGUGGUCCAUGCACUUCAACACAUUAUAAAAUGCUAGUAAGAUA